AACAUGGUACGGCUCACGGAGGGUGCUGCACGUGGAAGGAAAACGUCGCUAAUCGUCUCUCAGCUGGACUUCUAACUCACCAUGCCGCGUUACACCAGGGUCCUGCUUCUAGUUUUGUGUGUCAGUCUGAUCGGGGAAUGCCGGAAACACAGAAGUAGGAAAAAACGAUGGUCGGCACCGGCCGGGACUCAUAAGCCAGCAAAGGAACUUGCUGGAACACCUGACACUGUUGUUGUUGGAAGGCCAGGCUCAGAGACCAGGAUGGUGGACGGUCCUCUAUCAAAGAAAGUUGUGGAUGGAACUAAAACCCGGAAGGUAAAGACCAGCCACCUCCUGCGCAUUGAUGAACACGAUUUCACCAUGAGGCCCGCAUUCGCAGGUCCAGCUGUCCCUGUUGGGGUGGACGUUCAGGUGGAGAGUUUGGACAGCAUAUCAGAGGUAGACAUGGACUUCACCAUGACUCUGUACCUGAGGCACUACUGGAAAGAUGAAAGGCUGGCAUUCCCAAGCGCUACAAACAAAAGCAUGACCUUUGAUGGUCGCCUGGUGAAGAAAAUAUGGGUACCUGAUGUGUUCUUUGUCCAUUCCAAGAGGUCCUUCAUCCACGACACCACUACUGACAACAUCAUGUUAAGGGUCUUCCCAGAUGGUCAUGUUCUUUACAGCCUGAGAGUAACAGUUACUGCAGCUUGCAACAUGGAUUUUAGUCGUUUCCCUCUGGACUCACAGACAUGUACACUGGAGCUGGAGAGCUAUGCUUACACAGAUGAGGACCUGAUGCUUUAUUGGAAAAGUGGCGAUGAGUCCCUGAGCACAGAUGACAGGAUUUCUCUGUCUCAGUUCCUGAUUCAGAAGUUUCACACUACCUCCAGGCUGGCUUUCUACAGCAGCACAGGUUGGUACAACCGUCUGUACAUCAACUUCACGCUGCGGCGUCACAUCUUCUUUUUUCUACUGCAGACCUACUUCCCUGCUACUCUAAUGGUGAUGCUGUCCUGGGUGUCCUUCUGGAUUGACCGCAGGGCUGUCCCUGCCAGAGUCUCAUUAGGUAUAACUACGGUGCUCACCAUGUCCACCAUCAUUACUGGAGUGAAUGCUUCCAUGCCCAGGGUCUCCUACAUCAAAGCUGUGGACAUUUACCUCUGGGUCAGUUUUGUCUUCGUCUUCCUGUCUGUGCUAGAAUACGCUGCCGUAAACUACCUGACAACUUUGAGGGAUGGGAAAGACCGCAAACUCAGAGAAAAAGUUAAAGAACAGUCCCAGACACUCCCUUGCACAUGUGGCAUGCCCCAUACCAAGACCAUGAUGCUAGAUGGGACAUACAGUGAGGAAGAUGCCAACAGUCUGGCGGGAUACACAAGAGCCUCGAUGGUUGCCGAGGACAUAUCAGAUAAACAGGAACAGAUGGUAGUGCAUCUGUCUUUGGACAACGAGUCCACUGGCACCAAGAAGAAGGGCAUCCGUGGCUUCCGGAUCAUUCAGAACACCCACGCCAUUGACACAUACUCUCGUAUGAUUUUCCCAGGCGCAUAUAUCCUCUUCAACCUGAUCUACUGGUGUGUGUACUGUUGAGAAUUUUAGCUCAAAUUAUAGUAGUGAAAGAAAAUUACUGUGAAACCAUUCUGUUGGAUGUAAGCCCGAGGUUUACCUGUUCAAGUUUACCAGGAUGACCUAUCAAAGACAUCUGGGUGUGAAUACUACAUCUACCCAUUUCAUUGUUGGACUGGACAUUGGAUAUAGCUUAUUUUUUAAUUUUUAUUAAUUAAUCCUUUAUUUAUCCGGGUAAAAAUCUCACUGAGAUUCAAAACUCAUUUCCAAGAGAGACCUGGCAUCAUGGCAGCAAAAGACCUUCUGUUCCUGCCUCAUAAGCUAAUAUGUACCCAAGUCAUGCUGAGAGAAAACUCAUGGGGCUGGUUGCACAUUCACUCUAAUACAGCGGUCCCCAACCCCCGAACCACAGACUGGUUCCGUGAGCCGUUUGG